AUGGCAGCUGGUCGAGUAAUGAUGUUCCAACGUGCACGAAUUGCUUGCCAAAUGAUAGUAACACGGCAACAUUAUCGUGGUAUGGCCGCUAUACCGGAGACUUUACGCAUGGAAACCAAGGAGAAGAAAGAAUAUGAACGUAAAUUGAUGUGUUGGAGAAAAGAAAUGGCUGUGCUUAGAAAGAAAUUUUUCGACCAUCAUCAGCGAUACAUGCAAACACAACUUUCUAGUCAAGAAGACACCAAGGAAGAGGAAAAACGGCAAGAUGUAGUGACUGAACGGAUCAUUCAGGAGCGUAAUAAGAAAAUUUCAAAACGAAGAGAGAUAAGAGAAAAACAAAUCAGACAAAAAGCAGCUGUAUCAAGAGAAGUUGGUGCAGCCAAGCAACAAGCUUCUGAAGAGAAGAUCCUCAAUAAAUAUACACAAGCUGUAUCCAACCAAAUGGUGGAAAGUGAAAAUUUUAUUACCGAAGACAAUAUUGAUGCAAAGUUACGCGAAAUUAUUACAAAUACCAAGGAUUACAACUUUUAUGUUUAUGAAGAUGGUAAAAUCGUCACGCCUAGCGAUUCUACUGAAGUUGAAUAG